UUUAUUUAUUUUCUUCGGCAACCCGGUAGGCAAAUAUAAUUGCCGAUGCUGUUUCUUCUACAAAAGAUAAAUGCAGUAAAUGAUCACGAUUCACCAUGCCAAAACAAAAUGACACCUUUGUUGAAGAUAAGCAAGUCUAUAUUUAUCGUUAUUGCACUUACUUUUGCUUCUAAAUGGGCAUACCUACAUUACUUUAACAAGAAGGAAAAGAAAAUAGCGCCAAAAGAAAUACACGAAGUUUUGAUGUUUUCUCAUGGACUCGGAGAGCUACAAAAAAGUAAAUAUUCAAGAUGCGUCGUAACACAGAGCAUGGAUCGUCUGUUAUAUUUUGUAAACUCCCCAAGAUACACAUUGGACAUAUGCAUGUACGUUUUGACUAAUCUGGAUUUGGCCCAGACAGUGUUAAAGCAGCAUUUGAAAGGAGUAAAAGUCCGUGUAAUAGUUGACGCUGACAUGGCGUAUGCUUCUGGUUCUCACAUAAGAAAAUUGGAGAAACAAGGUAUUCCUGUUAGGUGGAUGAAAUCAACAAAUCUUAUGCACCAUAAGUUCUCAUUGGUAGAUGCGUCAAGCGAAAACCCAGCUGCUGUCCCCAUGGUGAUAAUGGGAUCUCUCAACUGGACCAAUCAAGCUUUGAGUGGCAACUGGGAAGAUGUUACAGUCACUUCACAAAGGGAACUUGUUGACAAGUACAGACUGGAGUUUGACCGACUUUGGGUUCUAUUUAAACCAAUAGUAGAAUAAGUAUUAAUGUCCCAUGCACAAACACAUUGCUAGUAUUGUGGAAUUGUAUUGCUGGCAGAAUAUAUUGAAUUAUUAAUGUUUCAUAUGCACAUCAAUCAUGCAAAAAAUUGCCACAUAAAUAGCAAUCGUGACAACUUCAUGUUUAAGUUGAAUGAAUACAUGAAAGAUUUUUAACAUUUUGUAGUGCUGGGAGUGAAGGGGUAAAUAUAAUGAAUAAAUUGCUGCACAAUGCAUCCCAGUGCCGGAUUAAGCCAGCAGGGCCUGUAGCAUAUUCUAUCAUGGGGCCCAUGGAUUGUUUUAAUUUUGUUGGACGAAGUGAAGCUUAGGUUGUUUACAGCCACAAUGUGUAGGUGCAAACGCGCUGGGCCCAUGGGUUUUGCUAGUUUUGCUACAUGACUAAUCCACCACUGAUGCAUACUAUAUAUUAUAUCCAUACCCUGGGGUUUUGGCUGUGGGGUUUUACACUAGCAAAAAAACAGGAAUAACUGCAAAACGAGAAAUUAUUUUAACAUUUCUAAGUACAUUUGGAGCUUACUAACUAUUAUUAAUUCAGAAUUUGGUAACUAUUUUAAAAUAAACAAAGUUUUAAAUACACAAAAUCAUUCCCGCACCUAAAACUGGGGUAUGAUUAUAUCAUGGCAUUUUUAUGUUAAGAUUAUCUAUUUAGUAACUCCGAGUACUGCUUAAAUCGUCACCUACUCUUGAUGUUACGGCAUUGAUAUUGUAAUAUUCAGUGGUUUUUGAGUGGUAAAGUUAAUGCCAGAAAUAUAUUCCAGUUCUAUAUCUUAUUUCAAUUGAAUAAAGUGCAAGACUGCAUACAUAUCUUUGAAGCUGAUCAUACAUAAUCAGGUGUUUCUAUGUACAGUCCGCCUGCAAGUUCUGAGGAAUUAAAAUUAGCACCCUUUUAUCCUCUAUGUAUCCUAUGCCCCCUCUCCACAAGCAUUGAUGCAGGAAAACUCUCACUUUUGCAGACCCUUAAUCUCAAAGCUUGCACUUUGACUGUAGGUUAUGAUUCUGUUACUUAUUAAGUACUACAAGUACUAAAAUAGUUAUAAGUAAAUAAUAUGUGUUCAAUGGGCAUUUUAAAUGUGUAUUAAAGUGAUAUUUUCUAAAAGGUGAUCAAUGAAACAACAUGAUAUUAUCUAUUAAAAUAAUUGUAUUGUGAUGGUUAGUUUCCUGUAAGGUCUGUUGUGAUUUAAGAAAAUCUAUUAUUUUUAUUGUUGUACUUUUGUAAAGUACAUUUUACUUACAUACAUUUAUUACCUGAGCUUGCUUAUGUGAUAUAGUUGGUCAAGCAAAUCUUGUCAGUAGAAAAAGGCGGCAAAUUUAAAAAAUGUAGGCGCAAAGGGUUAUCGUCCCAUAGAAAAUUAGAAUUUCGCGCCUUUUUCUACUGACAAGAUUUGCUUGACCAACUAUAAAUGCUGAUUAUCAUAGGGCAGAGGGCAUUCACAUACCAUGUACCAUGUGUCACUGACAGUCUCAAAACUGACAUAUACGCUAAUGUCUACGUAAUUUACUUUCUAUACAUCUCGCUGAUCGCUCGCAUUAAUAUGCGAGUACGAGCGAGAUGCAUAGAAAGUAAGUUACGUUCUCGAUAGUGUUUAUGUCAGUGCCAAACUGAUGGUAGCCACACUGCUAUCACAGAACACAUAAUAAGGUAAGGUAACCUUAUUAUGUAUUCUAUGCCUGCUAUCUACAGAAUGGUCCAAACCUUGAUGUUCAAAGAAGAAAUUAGAUUCCAAGCAUCCGGGGCUGUCAGAAUAUACCCCAUGUAUGUUAGCUGAUUUUUUGUAGUUUUCGAGUUAUGAAUUUUUUAUUUUUGUUUUCUUAGUAAUUCUGGGUUGGGCCGUUUAUAUUGUUUUUGCUUCGAAGGGAGCUUUUUGUUUGUUUUGUUUUUUGUCACAUCAUCCCUAUGAAUUGUACAUCAACAUAAGAAAAAAAAACAGUUUCUUAACUUAGAAGCAAGUUGCAAAUACCAAAGUGAAAGUUAUACGUACCUUUGAAGGUGACUCUAAAAAAAUCUGACCUAUUAAGUAUUACUUUUCUAAAAUUUUUGUUUCGAACAACUGACAGGCCGAUAUCAAAAAUCUGACCUAUUAAGUAUCACUUUUCUAAAAUUUUAGUUCCGAGCAACUGUUAGGCCGAUAUCGUCCGGCGGACUGAUAGUCGGUGGGCCGCUUUAAAUUUUGUACAAAAAAGUGAUACUUAAUAGGUCAGAUUUUUUUAGAGUCACCCUUCAAAGGUACAAGGGCUGACCCGAUGUUAAAUCAGUAAGAUGAAAACAAUGUACCUCUUUUGUUGUAUCAAGUAUCACAUUUUUGUACUGUUGCGAAAGCUUAGGGUCUAGCAAAGCUUUGAAAUUUACCUUGAAUCUUUGGAAUUGAAUUUUUGAUUAUUUUUAUUAAGUACAAAAUUUAAGUAAUUAAAUUUAAGUUGUGAAUAUAGGUAAAACAAGUAAGGAUAAUGUGACUAUAAACAUUUUUAAUUAAAAUUUAAAAAAAACAUAACUCGAAAACUACAAAUUGUAUGGGAAAAGUUUUCCUCGAUUUGUGGUUUUUCUAGCCGUUAAUUUUUUUUAGUCCUAUACUAGCUUUUGAUCAUGUAUCCUGGGGAUCGAUUGGCAUCAAAAAAAAAGUUUGCCAAAAAUGACCUUUUUCUCGCAUUUUCAUAUUCUUUACCAAAAUCUGUAAACGUCAAUCUUCAUUAAUUUGAAAUUGAGGGAAGGUCUUCUAAGACCAUUUUCGCGUAGCAGUACGGGAUCUGGUAGCUGCCCUCACAGACCCAAUAAGAAAAUCCCUGAGGAAAAUCCACCCUGAGGACCUACCGCGAACCACGUUCGACGUGUUGCCUCUCUGUUGCACUUGUAAAUUCGUGCGUAAGUGUGACAGGGAGGAAACACGCCAGACGUGGUUCGCGGUAGGCCAUCUCAAUAUAAGAAAACGUGACGACACUACAGUAUUGCCACUUUUUAAUUUUUACUCUUUUUUUUGUCAGACUAUACAUGGGCUCUGACAGCUAUCUCAUUUCUUUCUUUGGACGUCAAGGUUUUGACCAUCCUGUAUAAAUGUGCUUAUUAUAAUGUUCUAUGACCCCUCAUAGAUUAUAUUAGACCUACUUCAUAUUAGCUACCUACCGUCUUCAUAUUAGCUACCUCUUUUCUAUUAUCUUCUUUCAUAAUUAUGCCACAUUUGCCACGAUGGUUACGUAAGGUAAUGUAAUAAAUUCAGAUAUGAGAGCGUUCUGGCUCUAAUGCUCAGCAGAAUGUACCUAUGGUACUAACACUCAAAUUUCCUGUCUGAUUAAGGUUCUUUUGGGGUCAGACCCGUGAACCUGCAUUUUUCUUGGAAUAACAGAUAUAGUACCCACUGGUAUCUACUAAUCUGUACUGUAUCUGGCACUGGCACUAGUAGUAAAUUUUUUGAGGAAGUUCAGUUCUAUCAGAGAAGCAGAUUUAAAA